AUUCCAAGUUCUCAAUUAGAUUGAGAUAAAGGUGAGAAAAUGCUGGGAAAUACUUCAAUUUUACGACACCUCCGAGUAGCACUUCUUCAGCUCAAAGUGGGCAAAAAUAAGGAGGAAAAUGUGUCUCGAGCUAUUCAAAAGCUCCGUUCUGUCGUGGCAGAUUAUGGACCUAAAUCUCCCAGUUGGACAUCCAAGAACAGCAAGUUUCUCUGCAUUUUGCCAGAAUGUUUCAAUACUCCUUACGGCGUGAAAUACUUCAAUGAAUACGCUGAAACCAUUCCCGAUGGCUUCACCUCCUAGGAACUCUCAAAGGUGGUCAAAGAACUGGGAAUUUAUCUAAUUGCUGGAUCAAUUCCUGAACGAGAGUCUGAAGGAUCGUCGAAAUUGUACAAUACUUGCACUGUGUGGUCUCCCGAGGGAUCUCUCAUUGGGAAGUACAGGAAAAUGCACCUCUUUGACAUCAACAUUCCUGACCAGAUACGCUUCCAAGAGUCUGAGACACUCAGUCCGGGAAAUGCUCUGACCACUUUUGAAAUUGACGAUGCUAAAAUUGGCCUUGGAAUCUGUUACGACAUGCGGUUUGAAGAACUGGCUAGAAUUUACCGAAAUGAAGGAUGCAAUUUUUUGGUGUAUCCAGGUGCUUUCAAUAUGACUACUGGCCCGCUUCAUUGGACCCUUCUGCAACGUGCUAGAGCUACGGAUACUCAAUGUUUUGUGGCUACAGUUUCUCCGGCUCGAGAUGAAACCUCUGAAUAUGUGGCCUAUGGACAUUCUUCCAUAAUUGAUCCCUGGGCAAAGAUUAUGGUUGACGCUGAAGCCGGGGAGAACACUGUUGUCAAGGAUUUAGAUUUCUCUGAGUGUGAGAAAGUUCGAGCCCAAAUUCCCAUAUCAAAGCAGCGACGAGAGGAUAUCUACAAAACUCUUAAAAUCACUUUUUAAUCCUGUUGUUUCUUUGUUCAAAAGGGACAUUUGAAUAAAAUUCUAUGUUUUUCAAAUUUGA